ACCGCCUCCGUCGCAACGCGCAUUAGCCGUUACGUCGUUGUGGUGAGUGGACGAUAUUGCUCUUUGUUUGCUUGCAUUGAUAAAUCAGAAUAAAUCUAAAACGAAACGAGAUAUCAUCGUUAUAAAUUGGAACGUACAGACGGAGCGUUUUACAUUUAUCGCAUUGGAACGCGAGUCAAUCUAUACGUACAUAACCAAGUAGUACGAAAAUUAAACAAAAUUGAAGAUUCACAGAAUCUUGAAACACAGAUGUUCUGUAUGUGUGCUCCGUUCUGUGAUUGUGUUUAAUAAGUUCGUGUCUAUAAAAGUGAUCAACCGGAUCACGAGACUCUCCUCGAAUUUUUAUAAGUUCAAAGUUUCGAGUAUAUUCGUUGGAUGCGAACAGAGACAGACAGAAAGGAAUAGCAAAUUUGUAAGCUAGGUACCGCCGUAGAUAUUUCCUAUUUUCGUUAUUAUUUCAAUGGUACUUAUGCCACGCGAACAUCAUCAAGAAAGAAUUGAGGAAUUGAAGAAAAUCACACGGUGAGACGAAGAAACGAAAUAAGAAGACGGGCGCAAAGACCUUUGGAAGUUCGAGAGUGGAACGCCUGAUUCGGCGUUUGCUAUUUUGUUUAUUGUCAAAGGUCCGAUUCCAGUGUUAUCAUCAUCCAAGUUACAGCGGUAUGAAAUAGCAAGAGGCUUGAGUUGAUCGACAAAAAGCAAACGAGAGCAGAGGCGGCUACCGUCUGAUUCAUAGCGUCCGUACUCAGUCCUCAGUGUAGGCUAGUCGGGCGCUCGGUAGUCGUUGUCUCGACGAUUUCCUAACGCUCGCUUGUAAUACCGUAUCUUUAUCUUGUUAACAAGAUUAUAUCGCGUCAAAGACAGUUCCAUACAUUUUUGUCAUUUUCGAAUCACUUCUCAGUGAAAAGAUACCGAUUGUCUUCUCCUGGGUGCCCUCAAAUUGGAGGUUAUACUCAGAUAAACAAGCUGUAAAGAACCUGUCAUUUUUAUUCGACUUAACAUUCGUACUGUACAAUUCAACAUCAACGAAGAUCGCCAAGAGAAUCGGAAGAUAUCAAACAACAUUAGAAAGGAUAGUUCUGUUAAGCAAAGUGUUCGAUACACAACACGAUAAAGAUGGCGGCAAGCAUGUGCGUACAACAGAAUUGCACAGAGGCGAGCGGAUUACUAUAUGAAAUAGUCGUGGAGGAUAUGUGGAAGUCAUGGGAAGCUACUGUGGACUACUUUGAUCACACACCAUGGCUGCUUUCUUUACUGGGCAGCACGAUGGUUGGACUGACUGGUAUCUUUCCCCUGAUGAUCAUUCCCAUCGAUGGAAGUGUAAAUUUACACUCAGGAGACGGUGCUAGUACACUAAAACUGUUGCUGAGCUUCGCAGUCGGCGGUCUUUUGGGCGACGUUUUUCUACACCUGUUACCAGAAGCAUGGGGGAACAGCUUCUUGAAAGGAGCGGAUGCUGGACAUCCGUCCAUGAAGUGUAGUCUGUGGGUGCUGGGAGGUUUUCUGGUAUUCGUUAUAGUGGAGAAAUUGUUCGCUUUCGAUGAAGAAGCUGAAGAGGAAGAUGCAGAAAUAUCUGAAGAAGUCAGUAUAGAAGCUGAGAAGGAGAUGGAGAAUAACAAUUGCAUCAAUUUGAUCGCGAACAAUUUGAAAAACGGUUCUACAAAGAGACCUCUUAACGAAUACUCGAAAGCCAUAAACGAGCCUUUCUUGGAAAAAAAGAACGGUUACAUCAAGUUGCCAAAUGGUUUCAAGGAUGCAUAUAAGAAUGGCUUCAUUCCCAACGGCAUGAAGCCAGUAUUAAUGUGUGAUGAGCUGUCGAGCACUCUGAAAAGUCUACCGUUCGGCGAAGCGAAAGAUUAUCUCAAGAAAUUGACGAAAACCAAUAGUUUUUCGAACAGCCUCUCUAAGAAAGAUCAUGACGUAACUGGCGAUCAAAAGACUGUUAUAAAGAAAAAGUCAAAACACAUAACUGGCUACCUCAACUUGUUAGCCAACAUAAUAGACAAUUUCACGCACGGAUUGGCUGUGGGUGGAUCUUUCAUGGUAUCCAUGCGCUUGGGAGUUCUUACCACAUUUGCUAUACUCGUACAUGAGAUUCCUCAUGAAGUUGGGGACUUCGCGAUUUUGCUACGCAGUGGAUUCAACAGAUGGGAAGCUGCGCGGGCACAGCUUAUCACUGCUAGCGGUGGCGUUUUCGGUGCCAUGUCGGCGGUGCUCUUUUCUGGCGGCGAAGUAGGAGCCAAGACAAGUUGGAUAUUACCUUUCACCGCGGGUGGCUUCCUGCAUAUUGGCAUGGUGACCAUUUUGCCUGAACUGCUUAAAGAAUCUAGUCCGAGAGAAUCGUUAAAACAAACACUCGCGUUACUUUUUGGUAUUGUUCUGAUGGCGGUUUUAACGAUUUUUUGCGAUUAGGUUUAUCUCGUCUUGCAAUAGCAUUAGGUUCAACUUGUCGAUUUACUUCGUAUCGAAUAUUAUAUCGAUUUACGUCGAGUCAUAUCGAUUUACAUUAACGCGUAGCUUUCCUUUUUUAUAUUAGUGUCCCUAAUUACGUGUCGAAAGAAGUAAUUCGUGUUUGCCAUAAAAGGUUCUACCGUGAAAUACUUGUUGCUCAACCAUGGUGCAUUCGGAAGACGGUAGAGAAACGACGACUGACCAAAUCCCUUCAUGAAUUAUACAACUUUUAUAUUAAGAGUAGUUCGAAAUACAACUUCACACUCUGUAUAUUCGAAACGUGGCUAGUACUUUUACAUUCAAUUUAAUUGCAGUGUUUAGACAUAAUCUUCAUUAAUUCUCAUUUCAGUGAUGCACAUUUUCGUUUCGCGGUGAUUAACAUUUUUCGAAUAAUGAGAUGUGGCGAGUAAGAAAGCAGUAUGAGAGGGGAGGGUUGAAUUAUUUUGAUAUUUUCGAUCGUUUAUUGGGGUUCGUAACAUUCGCAAUUUACUAUUAAACAGUUUGUAUCCAUGUAAUGAUAUAUAAGAAUGUUAGGAAACUGGCAUAGUUUAUCCAUAAAUAUACGUAUGUUCCUCCGUAAACUGUCGAAAACGAUUUAACGGGAAACGUUCAUUUCGUUUCUAUGGAAUAUCGACUUACUUUACACUUAAACUUUGUUAUCUAGGCAUUACACUGUGAACCAGUAUUGAUGUCUAUGACUUUCACGUUGUGAAAACGGAUAACCGUAACAUAACGCUUAUGCUUUCUCUAUUUAUUGUUAAAAAGUAAAAUAUCUUGAAAUUAAAAAAAAUAAAAUCCGUUAUAUUAACUACGCAAAUAAUAAGCGUAUUUCCGAUUGCCAGUAACAAUUUAUUUGCUGUUUGCACAUCAGUAUGUAUAUUCUUAAGUUCCUAAAGUAUAUUGUAAAUAAUGUAGUGCACCUAUUUCUCCUACUGUGAAAAAAAAUUUUUGGAGGCAAAUACAUACCAUUUGUAUAUCAGACCAUGACGAAUGUAAUUUUUAGAACAAAAUUCCUUCUACAAAAUUGGUAUAUAGAUAUAAAGUUACUCCACGUAUUAAAAAGUAAAUAAUUAUAGAAACCAUAUAUAUAUUUUAAAGACAUUCACGUAUUAGAUGAGUUAGCUUUGAUGCAAAUAGAAUAUUUCAUCGUCGCACAAUCGUAUGUGUUCUCGUUGUCCAAUUGAAAACAAAGGUAGACACACAAUUGUGCGGAAAAAGAUGAUUUAACUGCAUUGAAUUUAAUACAGGACUGAAAAAUAGGGAAGUCCGUCUGUUUCUCUAUAGAUUUGCGUGUCAUCUAAAACGUAUAUGUUUUAUAAGUCGCACAAACCAAAAGCAAAUCCUUGUACUUAAGAGCGAAACAGCAAGGUAUUCUUUUCACAACGGAACACUCGGUACACGAGCAUUCUUUUUAAACACGUGUAAAUAGAAGUUCGGAACUUAUAAAGCUGGUUUCAAAUCAGCGACUUGGCAAGUAUAUUUUAUAUAAAGUAUGACUGCAUGAGCAGAUUGUUCAUAUGUAAUCAUUAUGAUUUGUAAAUAAAGUAUUUUAUUCUAUAA